AUGGCGGAUAUGCACAAAGAUAAAGGAAGUCGACUUAGCACCACUGUUUUUAAAGUGGAUAUCGGAGAACAAAGUAAUUCGAGUGUUAUAGUGAUGUGUUAUCGAUGUGGUGGGAAUAACCAUGGACCAAAAGACUGUAGAUUUGCCAAAGAAAAGUGUUACAAGUGUGGAAAGAUAGGACAUGUGAAAAGAGUGUGUAGAAUGAAACCCCAAGAAACUGGUCAUGAUAGAAGCCGGGAUGCAGGCAAAUGGGGUCGAGGACAACAAUCAAGGAGGGCAAACUACCUUCAAGAGGAGGACGAGGAAGAGCAGCCUGAAGAAGCUUUCACUAUAUAUAGUAUAGAGACACCACAGCCCCAGGUGGAAUAUGCCAAAAUAGAUGCUAAAAAGAAGGUGGCUGAACUAGAAAAAAGUUUUGUAAGUUUAAAAACAUAUACAGGACAGUCAGUAAAUGUUCUAGGGACUACAAAAGUUCAAGUGAAACAUAAAGGACUUACCAAAGAACUCACAGCAGUGGUAGUGGCUGGAGCGGGGCCCAACUUAUUGGGACGGUCGUGGCUCUCAGAACUGGAACUCAGCUGGGAAAAUGUGAGUAAGAUUAAAGACAGCUCUGAGUGGUUACAGGAUAUAUUACGGAAACAUGAAACUGUUUUCAAGGAGGAAUUGGGAACUUUAAGAGGAGCCAAGGCUAAGAUUCAUGUACCAAGGGAUGCGAAGCCUCGUUUCUUUAGAGCGAGGUCCUUGCCGUUCGCGAUGAGAGAAAAGGUUGAAGCAGAACUGGAGCGGUUGCUUAAGGAUCAUAUCAUAGAGCCUGUGAAAUUUGCAGAGUGGGCAGCACCUGUGGUACCAGUCGUAAAACCAGAUGGAACAGUGAGACUAUGUGGAGACUACAAAGUAACAAUUAAUCAAGAAUCAACCCUGGAGCAGUACCCCAUUCCCCGAUUGGAGGAUAUGUUUGCUGUCUUGGCUGGAGGACAAAAAUACAGUAAAUUAGACAUGAGUCAUGCAUAUCAACAGAUUACCUUAGAUGAAAACUCUAAGCAGUAUGUAACCGUGAAUACUCAUAAAGGAUUGUUUACGUAUACUCGUUUACCUUUUGGAGUCAGUUCCAGUCCCGCAAUCUUUCAGAGGACAAUGGAAGGGGUCCUGAAAGGUAUCUCAAAGGUGACUGUCUAUCUGGAUGAUAUCUUGUUGACAGGACGAGAUGAUCAGGAGCAUUUAAGCAUAUUGGAGCAAGUUUUGGAACGGUUGGAGGACUGUGGUUUGCGAUUAAAAAGGGGAAAGUGUAAAUUCUUGGAAAAGGAAGUUAAUUUCCUGGGACAUAAAGUGGAUGCCACUGGUAUUCAUCCAGUGCCAGAAAAAGUCCAAGCAGUACAAGAUACCAUGGUACCGUCCUCAGUAUCAGAACUGAAAGCAUAUCUGGGAUUGUUGAAUUUUUAUAACCGGUUCCUGCCAAAUCUUUCAACAUUGCUUGCUCCCUUGCACAGACUUUUGAAAAAGGAGGUCAAAUGGUCCUGGAAAGAGGAACAAGAAAAAGCUUUUAAGAAGUCCAAAGAAUUACUUCAGUCUAACAAUGUGUUAGUACACUAUGAUGAAAAAAAAGACCUCAUACUUUCCUGUGAUGCGUCACCCUACGGUGUGGGAGCUGUGUUGGCACAUCGGAUGCCCGACGGAGCUGAGAGGCCCAUUGGGUUUGUAUCACGCACACUUUCAAUGGCAGAAAAAAACUACUCUCAGCUAGAAAAAGAAGGGUUAGCUGUAGUGUUCGGAGUAAAAAAAUUUCACAAAUAUCUUUAUGGACGCAAAUUUGUGAUCUGUACUGACCAUAAGCCAUUACUCAGUCUAUUGAAUGAAUUGAAAGUGGUGCCCCAGAUGGCCUCUCCAAGAAUCAUACGAUGGGCAGUGAUGUUGGGGGCAUAUGAAUAUGUAAUUUCUUACAGAGCAGGCAAGGACAAUGGAAAUGCAGACGCUCUUAGUCGUUUCCCUGUUCCAGUGAUUUUGGAGAAAGAAAUUAAAGAGGAGCAGGUCUUGAUGUUGGACAGCCUUGUAAAUCCUUUAACCACAUCAGAGCAAAUCAAAUACUGGACUACCAGAGAUCCUGUUCUCUCUAGAGUGCGGGAGUAUGUUCUUAAAGGCUGGCCUGAUCACAGUAAUUCCAACGAAUUUGCACCUUAUAAACAGAGACAGCAGGAACUCAGUGUUCAAGACGGAUGUGUGCUGUGGGGAGCCCGUAUCGUAAUUCCAGAGCAAGGACGUUCGGGAUUGAUGGAACAGUUACAUCAGUCUCACCCAGGGAUGUCCAGGAUGAAAGGACUGGCCAGGAGUUAUCUGUGGUGGCCAAAAUUAGAUGCUGACAUUGAGGGCAGAGUAAAAGACUGUACGGUGUGUCAAGAACAAAGAAAAGCCCCUGUUGGUGCACCACUUCAUCCGUGGGAGUGGCCACGACAGCCUUGGAGAAGAGUGCAUAUGGACUAUGCUGGUCCAGUUUUUGGAAAAAUGUUUUUUAUCUUAGUUGAUGCCCAUUCUAAGUGGAUUGAGGCAUAUCCGGUACCUUCAGCAACCACAGUUAUGACUCUUGAGUGCCUCAGGAAUAGUUUCAGUACACAUGGUAUUCCCGAAAUGAUGGUGUCGGAUAAUGCACAGUGUUUUGUGAGUGAAGCAAGUAAAGACUUUAUGUCUAGGAAUGGAAUAACGCAUGUAACCUCUGCACCGUAUCAUCCCUCCUCGAAUGGGCUAGCUGAGCGGGCGGUACAAACGUUUAAAGAACUUAUGAAGAAAAGUUCAGGAAAUUCUAUUGAGACAAAGUUGUCCAGAGCAUUGUUUAGUUAUCGUAUUACUCCUCAGACUACAACAGGGCUUUCACCUGCCGAAAUGUUGAUGGGGAGGAAAUUGCGAUGCACAUUAGAUAAAAUACAUCCGGACUUCACUAGCAAAAUGGAAGGAAAACAACAAGUCCAAAAAGAGCAUCAUGAUCAACAUGUGAGGUCCCGCUAUUUUGAAGUAGGAGAUAUUGUGUACACUCGGAAUUUUGGGUAUGGACCAAAAUGGGUGCCAGGAGUGAUUCAGGACAUUACAGGACCCGUAUCAUAUAAAGUAGCAUUAGGAAAUGCCCAAGUAGUACGACGUCAUGUGGAUCAAUUAUUCAGUCAACAAAAAAGGGAAAUGAUGACUAAACAAUUUCAAGAGGCUCAGGGUGCUGAACCUUAUGAUACUGGGGUAGUAGUGUCAGUGGACACUGAGAUGAAAGUACCAGAAGCUCUCAGUAGUUCAACAAUAUGUGAAGGAAGCCCCAUGGUAAAUAGUAGAGAGAGUGAGAAUUCGCAAAGGGAACAUCAAAGAAAUCAACGGACAGAUUUGCCCAGGGUGCUUGAAAUGAGUCCCAUGGUUGAAAGAACAGAACCUGAAAGGGCACCUUCUGGAGGUCUACGACGUUCAGUCAGAGAGAGGAAACCACCAGCAUACCUUAAAGACUUUGUGACACAAACUUAG